AUGAAGUAUCUACUACUACCACAACCUUUCCACGAUGGUGAAAUACAUUGCUUGGGUAUCAAUAACAAUAACACAAAUUUAAUUACGGGAGGAAUUGAUAAUAAAAUUAAUGUUUGGAAUUUACAACAGUUAUUGAGUAUUUCAAAAUUAGAUUCAUCAGUCUCAAAAGAAAAUCAAUGUCAACAAAUUGAGCGUUUCCAACCAAGUCAUACUAUAUCGUGUCAUGAUACAACAGUAAAUAUACUAAAGUGGCUUCCUAACUCAACCACCAAAUUUAUAUCAGGUGAUAUCAAUGGAAAUAUACAUUUUCAUGAUCUUCAGGAGAGUAAUCAUAAGCAUAUAUUUCCCUUUAAUGAAGAAACAACCUCCAAAUUAUCACCACUAGUUGAUUUAACAAUUUCGAGAGAUGGAAGACUAGUAUCAUGGAGUACGAAUGAUGAAAAAAUAUAUGUAAUCGAUAUCGAAAGAGAAACUUUUCAAGAAUUAAAACCUAUUUCCAACGAGACACCAGUUAUACAAAGAAGUUUAGCAUUCAAUAACACCACCAAUUACCUUGUGGCUGUGGGAGAUGAUACACAAAUUAAUAUUUUCCAAUAUGAAUAUGAAUCUUCUGGCGGACUGUACAAAUUCAGAUGUAUAAAUAAAAUUACAAGAUUUUUCAGUAAAAAUCCAAUUAAUGUUAAAUAUAAAAGAAUAUCAUGGUCACCAGAUGGAGAAUUGUUAUCGGUUCCAACAGCAACUAAAGGUCAAACUACAUUAUUUUCAUUGAUAUCUUCAACUUCUAACUGGACUAGUAGAGAAAGUUUGGUUGGUCAUGAUUUAAGUUGUGAAGUUGUCAAAUUCAGUCCUUUAAUUUAUUCAAAUAAAGAAAAUGAUGAAGAAAACUUACAUAAUAUAAUUGCAUCAAGUGGUUCAGAUAAAAGUUUUGCAGUUUGGAAUACUUCAAAUGCAUCACCUUUAAUUUUAUUAAAGGAUUUAGUAAACAAUGCUCAAAUUUAUGACUUAGCAUGGACUGAUAGUGAUGAUAUAAUAUUUUGUACUUCUGCUGGAAAUUUGGGUAUUGUAAGUUUUGAGGAUCAUGAGUUGGGCUACAAAGUCGAAGAUAGUGUUGUCAAUAAACUAAAAAAAUUCACCACUGAAAAAAUGCGAUCAUUGGACUAUAGAUAUGAAUAUGAUCAAUUAUCUGGUAAUAGGAAAAUUAUGGCGCCACUUGAAUUCUCUGAUCAAAACGAUGCCAUAAAAAUUGAAGACGAUAAAGAAGAAGAUAAAUCCACUGAAAAGGAGAAAGAAACGGAGAAUGACGAGGUUGAUCAAGAAGAUACCACUUCAAAAGGACCAAUUGAACCAAAGAUUAUAAAACCCACACAACCUAGAGAUGAUACUCAUACAGAAAUAACGAAGAAACAAACACCACCAAUCGAAUCAAGAUCAAGUAAUACAAUCACAACAAAACCAGCAUCAAAAUCAACUCAUGAGAUUAAUCUAAACAAACAAAAAACCACUACAAAAAAUGGUAAAAGAAGAAUUCAACCAACACUUCUAACAAAUAAUGGAUCAACUUCAUCCUCAACCAACUUUUUGAAAACCACACCUGCAGAAUCAAUAUCAGUUACAGGCAAAACUUCAAUGGAAUUUGAUAAACCAUCAUACUCAGUAUCUGACGAAUUCAAUAGAUCAAAAAGAAGGCGAGAAGAAGAUUCAAAUGGGGUUGUUAAGAAGCCGAAAAGAGAAAUGGAACCUGUGAAAUUCAUUGGAUCAGUUAUAAUAAACCCCAACACUUCAUUUGCUAAAGCCAGAUUAGCUACACCCAAAGUAAGAUUUGGAUUCCAGUUGAAAAGUCAAAGCAAUGAUGAUUUAUUCACAUUAGAUAUAAGAAAUGGAUCAGGUAAUGAAACAAAACCAUCAAGAGUUACUUAUUUCAAAAAGGAUAAAGAAAUAUGGUGUGAUUUCGUACCUAAAUUAAUUCAAUUAGCAUGUGAAGGAAGUGUAUUUUGGGCCAUAGCUACUAUUGACGGACAAAUUCUAACUUAUUCUCACUUAUCAGGUAAAAGAUUACUACCACCAAUCAUAUUAGGAUCACCAAUUUCAUAUUUAGAAAGUCAUGGUAAAUUUUUAAUGGCAGUUACUUCGCUUGGUGAGUUAUAUGUAUGGAAUUUGGAGAACAAAAAAAUUGAAGUUAAUUGUCUGAUAUCUGGGUUGUUAGAGUUAGGUUCAAAAUUUCAAGAUGAUGGAUUAUCUAAAUCUGAUACGAUUACAUUAUGUGCUAUAACAUCAUUAGGCAUACCGCUAGUUACGUUGUCGAAUGGGUCAGGAUAUUUGUUUAAUAAAGAUUUAGGAAUGUGGCAGACUAUAACUGAAUCAUGGUGGUUGUUUGGUUCUCAUUAUUGGGAUAGUGCAGAUGACGGUAAAAAGUCCAUACAAUCUUUGAAUAUGUUUGAUGAUGAAGAGUCUAUAUUGGAAUUAUUGGAAAAUAAAACAAAUGAAGAAAUUUUGAGAAAGACAAGAACUGGUAGGGGGAAAUUUUUCAAUAAAAUUUCUAAAAAUAUGUUAAUGAAAGAAGGGUUUGAAAGUUUAGAAAAUACUAUUUCAAUUAGUCAUUUGGAGAAUAGGAUAUUAUGUUGUGAAUUAUUAAGUGAAAAUAAAGAUUUAUAUAAAUACUUCAAAAUAUAUGUACAAAGAAUUUGUGAAUUAGGAUUUAAAGCUAAAUUAUAUGAGAUAUGUGAUGAAUUACUAGGACCGAUUGAUAACGAUGAUGAAACUAAUGAAUGGAAUCCUAAAAUAUGUGGAUUGAAUAAGCGAGACUUAUUAAAAGAAGUUAUAACUUUAUGUUCACAAUAUAGAGAUGCUCAAAGAGUAUUAUAUCAUUUUGGUAAUAAAAUAGGAAUGAUUAAUGAUGAAAUGGAUGGUGUUGUUUCAAAUUCUAUUAAUUAA